CUCAGGGAGUCUGAGCCUUGCUGUCUUCCUUUGCUUUCGUCUCCCUGGUCUCCCCAGGCUCAGGUGGCAUUCCUCCAGGGAGAGAGGAAGGGACAAGAAAAUCUAAAGACAGACCUGGUGCGGCGGAUCAAGAUGUUAGAAUAUGCACUGAAGCAGGAAAGGGCCAAAUAUCAUAAACUGAAGUUUGGAACAGACCUGAACCAGGGGGAGAAGAAGCCAGAUGUGUCAGAACAAGUUUCCAAUGGCCCUGUGGAGUCUGUCACGCUGGAGAACAGCCCGCUGGUGUGGAAGGAGGGGCGGCAGCUUCUCCGACAGUACCUGGAAGAGGUAGGCUACACAGACACUAUCCUCGACAUGCGGUCCAAGCGAGUCCGUUCCCUGUUGGGCCGCUCACUGGAACUCAAUGGGGCCACAGAGCCUAGUGAAGGAGGCCCCAGGGCCACUCCAGGCCCUGUGGGGCUCAGUGGUGGUGAGUCACUCCUGGUGAAACAGAUCGAGGAGCAGAUAAAGAGGAAUGCGGCUGGCAAAGAUGGCAAGGAACGCUUGGGUGGCUCGGUGUUGGAGCAGAUUCCCUUUCUGCAGAACUGUGAGGAUGAAGACAGUGAUGAGGAUGACGAUCUGGACAGUGUGCAGCAUAAGAAGCAGCGUGUGAAGCUCCCAUCUAAGGCCCUGGUGCCUGAAAUGGAAGAUGAGGAUGAGGAGGAUGACUCUGAGGAUGCCAUCAAUGAGUUUGAUUUCCUGGGCUCAGGAGAGGACGGGGAAGGGUCUCCAGACCCUCGGCGUUGUACUACAGAUGGGAACCCCCAUGAGCUGGAAAGCCGGCGGGUCAAGCUCCAGGGCAUCCUGGCUGACCUCCGGGAUGUGGAUGGGCUGCCCCCUAAAGUGACUGGCCCACCUCCAGGCACACCCCAGCCCCGGCCACACGAAGGUUCCUUUGGCUUCUCCUCAGACGUUUUCAUCAUGGACACUAUCGGGGGCGGGGAGGUGAGCCUGGGGGACUUGGCAGAUCUCACCGUCACCAACGACAACGACCUCAGCUGUGAUCUGUCUGACAGCAAAGAUGCCUUUAAGAAGACGUGGAAUCCUAAAUUCACCCUGCGCUCACACUACGAUGGCAUCCGCUCCCUGGCUUUCCACCACAGCCAGUCAGCUUUGCUCACUGCCUCUGAGGACGGCACACUCAAGCUCUGGAACCUGCAGAAAGCAGUCACGGCCAAGAAGAAUGCUGCACUGGAUGUGGAACCCAUUCACGCCUUCCGGGCUCACAGGGGCCCUGUGUUAGCAGUCGCCAUGGGCAGCAAUAGUGAAUACUGUUACAGUGGUGGGGCAGAUGCCUGCAUCCAUAGCUGGAAGAUUCCAGACCUCAACAUGGACCCCUAUGAUGGCUACGACCCAAGUGUGCUGAGCCACGUCCUGGAGGGCCAUGGGGAUGCGGUAUGGGGCCUGGCCUUCAGUCCCACCUCCCAGCGUCUGGCCUCCUGCUCUGCUGAUGGCACUGUCCGCAUCUGGGACCCCAGUAGCAGCAGCCCGACCUGCCUCUGUACCUUCCCUACAACCAGUGAGCAUGGGAUCCCCACCUCAGUGGCCUUCACCAGCACCGAGCCUGCCCACAUUGUGGCCUCCUUCCGCUCUGGCGACACUGUCCUGUAUGACCUAGAGGCUGGCAGUGCCCUCCUCACGCUGGAGUCUCGGGGGAGCAGCGGACCAACCCAGAUUAACCAAGUAGUGAGUCAUCCAAACCAGCCCCUCACCAUCACCGCCCACGAUGACAGAGGCAUCCGCUUCCUGGACAAUCGGACAGGUAAAACAGUGCACUCCAUGGUUGCCCACCUGGAUGCAGUCACCUGCCUAGCUGUGGACCCAAAUGGUGUAUUCCUGAUGUCCGGAAGCCAUGACUGUUCCCUGCGUCUGUGGAGCCUGGACAACAAAACGUGUGUGCAGGAGAUCACAGCCCACCGCAAGAAGCAUGAGGAGGCCAUCCAUGCCGUCGCCUGCCACCCCAGCAAGGCACUUAUUGCCAGUGCUGGUGCCGAUGCCCUGGCCAAGGUCUUCGUAUGAUGCCCACCUGGCCCCACUCUGCCUGGGGAGUGGGGCCAGGCAGGUGGGGCUGAGGCGACACUCAGCCUCACUUCAGAGGCGCAGAGGCCUGGCCUCUUCCCAGCUGGCAUGGAGCCUGGUGGUGCUAAUGGACCUUUCCCCAGGAGCCCCAUCCCGCACAGCUCCCUUCCCUGAGCAUCCAGCUUGGGAUCAGCCCCUUUCAGGAAUUCCCCUUGAAGGUGGUCUCUGGGAGUUUCUCCCUAUGCCCUGACACCUGCUCCUGGUAUCAGAGCUGCCUUCUGGAGGGCGGCACAGCCAGGGCCAGCUGCUUUUGAGAAUCACUUUUUCCAAGAUGCCAGAAGGUGCCAGGUUCUCCUUUUGAGCUCCUGCCCCCUCCUCCCCAUCUCCCAUACCUGGUGGGAGCAAUGCUGGGAGGAAUUCCAGACACCCUUCCUUGGUAGGCUGGAGCCACGGAGCUGAGCCCUGGCCCCCUGCCCUCCACCCCUCCCCUGCUUUCCAGACACUAACCGUGGCUUCCAGGCCAGGAACUGCCCAGCACUCCUCCCAGGGCAGCCCUCCCAGCCCGCACCGGAUAGAGUAUGGGGAGAACUGGCCUUCUGGUGCCCCUCCCUGGGGUGUGGAGGGUGGAAUAGGGUGCCCUGGGCCCCCUUAACUCCCUGUAUAUCUGUAUAAAUAAUGGGAUUUUAAUGGCGCCUGCCCCCACCCACGUUAUCACUGUGUGAUAGUCUUGGUCAGUCUCCUCACCCUCUACUCUUUUCCUCUAUUUAUUUCACUCUUUGUUUGGUUCCACUCUGCCCUCGGUCCCCCUUUCAGGUUCCUGUUUAUAAGCUCCAUACCCUCUGCCCCUAUCUUAUAUGUGAAAACUUGUCUCAAUAAACCCUUUGAAGUAA